AUGGAAUAUUAUAUGCAAGAGCUGGAGAUUGACAUUAGCAAGCUCAACAUUGUUCAUGUUGCAGGUUCGAAAGGGAAAGGAUCAACGUGCGCCUUUGUUGAGUCUGCGUUGAGGAGAUAUGGAUACAAAACAGGUAGUUUGUACACAUCUCCUCAUAUUCAGUCUUUAUGUGAACGGUUCUGCAUUAACGGGAAGCAGAUUUCCAAAGAAACAUAUCUUCGGCACUUCUCCGUUGUUUGGUCCAAAUUGCAGGAGAUUAAGCAGCGUCCUUCAUCGGAGCUCCCUCCAUAUAUCACUCGAUGGCCAGGAUUCUUCCGAUUCUUGACUCUUAUCGCUUUCCGAGUGUUCAUUGAGGCGAAUGUGGAUGUGGUGGUUCUGGAAGUGGGAAUGGGAGGCCGUCUGGAUGCUACAAACGUCGUCCAGCACCCCAUAACCACCGGCAUUACGUUGAUCGACCUGGAGCACACCCAAGUUUUAGGAAACACGCUCGAGCAGAUUGCAUUCGAGAAGGCAGGAAUCUUUAAACGCAAUUCUCCUGCUGUUGUGCUCCAGCAGCGCCCCGAGGUGAUGCAGGUCUUUCGCCAAUGUGCCGAAAUCGAGGGUAUUUCUGCCAUUUUUGCAUUCAAUCGCAGGCUGCGCGUUACAAGUCGUUUCUCCGUCCGAUAG